CAAGUGAUAGAAAAUUCAACAAUUUGUACCAAUGUUUUUGCUAAGUUCAUAUAAUGUUAUUACAUUCUCUUUCAUCUUUUUCUUUGUUUCAUCUUUUUCAUUAUCUCCACCUGCCCAUUUCCUUAUACAAUUCUAUGAAAGCCUUCCCAAGAAAUCUCAACAUCUUUUACCAUGGAAACUCUCCAAUUCUACUUCUUCUUCUUCUUCUUCACACUGUCAAUGGUUUGGAGUUUCUUGUUACACAAACAAGAGUUUUCAAUUUCAAGUCAAGGCUUUGAAUUUCUCAGGCUUAAUCUUGUCUGGUGUGUUGAACAAUUCCAUUACUUAUCUCUGUCUCCAUAAAGGGUUGGUCUCUCUUGAUCUAAGUGGUAACAAUUUCAGUGGUGGGAUUCCUCAACAGCUUGGAAACAACUGUGGUCAACUCAAGACACUUCUUCUUAAUGAUAACAACCUUAAUGGAACAAUCCCAAUUAAGCUUUUUCAAUCUAAUAAGAGAUUAGCUAAGCUUGAUUUGGGAUAUAACUCACUCUCUGGUGAUAUACCUGCUGAGGUAAGCUUCUGUAUCAAACUAGAGUACAUUGGUUUUCAUAACAAUUACUUCACAGGACAGGUACCAAGUGGAGUCUUUUCAUUGCCAAAUUUGAAGUUUUGUUAUCUAAACACAAACAACUUAACUGGGUCUUUACCAGAUUUUCCUCAAUCUUGUGAAAUUUCUGAUCUUUGGAUUCAUGAGAAUUCAUUUUCUGGAUCAUUACCAAACACUCUAAGCAGGUGUUAUAACCUCACUGCUUUUGUAGCCUCUCAUAACAAGUUUGGAGGAGUUAUUCCACUAGAGAUGUUCAGUGAUCUUUUCCAACUCGAAAUUCUUUAUCUUGAUUCAAACAGUUUAGAGGGAGAAAUCCCGGAAAGCUUAUGGGGUCUGAGAAGUUUAAAGGAGCUUGUUCUUUCAGAAAACAAGCUUAAUGGGACAAUAUCUGAGAGCAUUGCUAAUUGCUCUCAGCUGAAUACAUUAGUACUCUCAGCUAAUAACCUUUCGGGUUGGAUUCCUCAUUCGAUUGGAGAACUCGAGCAUUUGAAGAGUUUGUUGCUCUUUGAUAACAUGAUUAAUGGCUCUUUACCAUCUGAACUUGGAAACUGCAGUUCACUUACUGAACUUAGGCUUCAGAGCAACUUCAUUGGAGGAGUGAUCCCGAAAGAGAUUUUCAAACUCGAGAAGCUCGAGGUUCUUUACAUGUUCAAUAACAAGUUGGAAGGUGUUAUUCCACAGAACAUAGGGACAAUGAGCAGCCUUGUGGAGUUAGCUCUUUAUAACAACAGUUUGAGUGGUGAAAUCCCAUCUGAGAUAAGCCAUUUGAAGAAACUUGAGUUUCUUUCUUUGGCUCACAACAAACUCACCGGUGAGGUACCUUUGGAGCUUGGGAAAUACAGCUCUCCUGGAUUAGUGAAACUGGAUUUGACUGGUAAUUUGCUAACUGGAUUGAUCCCUUUUGAGAUAUGCAACGGGAAUAACCUCUCGGUUUUGACCCUUGGACAUAACCGAUUCAAUGGUAGUUUUCCAAGACAGAUUGCAGCAUGUUCAUCACUCAAAAGAGUGAUUCUUAGUAACAAUCUUCUUCAAGGAACUAUACCAGCUGAUAUGAAUCAUAAUUCAGGGAUUUCAUUCUUAGAGGUUCAAGAUAACUUGCUUGAGGGAACAAUACCUUCAGUAUUUGGUGAUUGGAGAAAUCUCACAAUGCUUGAUUUGUCAAGAAACAAACUAUCCGGGUCUCUACCUUCCGAGCUUGGAAAGCUUCAGAAUCUUCAAAUUCUUAGACUUUCAUCCAACAGAUUGAUGGGAAGCAUCCCCACUGAGUUAACUUAUUGCAGAAGCAUCAUAAAACUUGACCUCAGCAAGAACAAUCUUUCAGGAAAGAUCCCUUUAGAGAUCAUCACAUCAUUGACAAAGUUGCAAAGUCUUCUCCUCGAACAGAACAGACUAACCGGUCCUAUUCCAGACACUUUCUCUUCUCUUCACAGCCUCAAUGAACUGCAACUUGGUAACAACAUGUUACAAGGCUCCAUUCCUUGUAGUUUGACUGAACUUCACCAUUUCAGCACAAUUCUUAAUCUCAGUUAUAAUGGGCUCUCUGGUCAAAUCCCGAAAUGUGUUGGCAACUUAGACAAGCUACAAAUUCUUGAUAUCUCAAGCAACAACUUCUCUGGUGAGUUACCAACUGAACUUAGUAACAUGAUCUCCCUAAUCUUUGUCAACAUCUCAUUUAAUCAUCUCACUGGGAAAAUCCCCUCUGCUUGGAUGAAACUAGUUGCUUCAUAUCCGGGUUCUUUCAUUGGCAACCAAGAGCUUUGUUUACUAGGAACUGAGGCUAAGAACUGUGAACAGGCCAAAGUUUCCAUGAAAAGAAGCCAAAUUAUUCCUGGUGUUGUUAUAGGCGUGGUGAUCUCAGUGACACUUCUUUGCACUGUCAUCUAUGCAUUAGUAGUUCGCGUCUUGACACAAAAACAUAAUCUUGAUGAGUCUUUGCUGCCUGAAUGUCAACCAAAAAGUGAAUUCUUGCCAAAAGAUUUGAACUUUGAAGAAAUUGUGCUUGCAACCGAAGGAUGGAACGAGAAGUAUGUGAUCGGUAGAGGAAAGCAUGGAACAGUUUACAAGAUACAAUCGAAGAACUCGGGAAAGCAUUGGGCAGUAAAGAAGGUGAAUUUGUCUGAUAGAAACUUUAUAAUUGAGAUGAGAACUUUAAGCAUGGUUAGACAUAGAAAUGUAGUGAGAAUGACAGGCUAUUGCAUCAAAGAUGGCUAUGGUUGUAUUGUAACAGAAUACAUGCCUGGAGGAUCUCUCUAUAAUGCACUCCACAAGAGUGAACCUCAUUUGUUUUUAGAUUGGACAACACGAUUUCGCAUUGCUUUUGGUAUUGCACAAGGACUUUCUUACCUUCACCAUGAUUGUGUCCCACAAAUCAUACAUAGAGAUGUUAAAUCAGACAAUGUGUUAUUGGAUUCUGAACUGGAACCUAAGCUUGGAGAUUUCGGGACAGCAAGGAUACUAGUUAGUGAUUUGGAAACAAGCUCUACUCGGUCUGCAAUUGUAGGAACCUUGGGCUACAUUGCACCAGAGAAUGCAUACUCAACUCGGGUGACAGAGAAAUGUGAUGUAUACAGCUAUGGAGUGAUCUUACUAGAGCUUGUCUACAGAAAGAUGGCAGUAGAUCCAAGCUUUGAAGAAGGUCUUGACAUUGUGUCAUGGACAAGGAAGAGCUUAGAGGAAAGCAGUGAUUGCUUGUGCUUAUUCGACGAGGAAAUAAGUCAUUGGGAUGAAAACGAGCAACAAAAGGCGCUAAGUUUACUCGAUUUAGCACUUGAAUGCACAGAGAAAUUGCCUUCUAUGAGACCUUCAAUGAGAGAAGUUGUAGGAUUCCUCAUCAAAAUGAAUGAUAGGAAUGAGUAGUAAAUGAAGUAAAUUGUUUUGUUUAUCACUUUGGUAAUGAACCAAAUAACAUUUUGGAACAAUAUUGGCCCUGCAUAUUAUUUGAACUUGAAUGAGGUUGUUGCUAUUCUAA